AUUACCAACAAUGGGAAAUUGCAUAGUUCUUCAAGAAAAAGUUGUAAAAGUGAUGAAAACAGAUGGAAAAAUUCUUGAAUACAAAGCUCCCAUCAAAGUUCAUCAAAUUUUAUCACAAUUUUCUAGCCAUGUAAUUUCUAAUUCCCAUCAAGUCAUUGAAAAUCAACAUCUUCAACCAAAUGAUGACUUGCUAGGUGGCCAAAUUUAUUAUCUUUUGCCUAGUUUACCAAAGCAACCUCCUCCAAAAUCAGCCAAGAAAAAGGUCAAGUUUGCAAAUGAUCAAGUGAAAAAGAAGGUCAAGUUUGCAAAUGAUGAUCAAUUAGUAAAUGAUCAUGAGAAGGUCAAGUUUGCAACUGAUCAAGUUGAAUUAUUAGAAGCUAAUCAUGAUCAUCACCAAAAGAAAGAGGUUAUUAGGGUUAAAAUUGUCAUUUCUAAGAAAGAGUUGCAAGAAUUGUUGAGUAGUAGUGAAGGUGGAAUAAUCAAAGUUGAUGAUAUGAUCAAGAGUACUACUAUUGUUGAAGAAAGUACAAUAACUAAUGGUAAAGGAUGGAAGCCUAUUCUUGAUAUUAUACCUGAAAUACUUGAUCACUAGCAUACUAAGUUGUUCGGGUCUGUUUGCGUGCAGUUCAACUAUUUUAUCAGAUAUCUAUACUAUCUUCAAUCAACACAGAUAUCUGAUAAUUCUGCCCAUCGAAGCUUGAGCUCUACUAGCAUAUAUACCUCCUUCCUAGUUGUAUUUGAAACUUCUCAUAGUAUUUACGUUGUAUAUAGGUGUAUACACGCACCAAUAACUAUAGGGAGCAGAACAGGAUAACAGACUUAUAUAAGCUAAACGAUGCAACAAGGAAAAAGAAAUUUUGUUCUUUUGACUAUUUAACAUGAGUUCCUUCUUUGUUUGCUCAAGAAGCUAUUAAAGCAGACAAAUUAGGAACUACUUUUAUUAGGUUGUUAUUUGAUAAUUAAUACGAGUUUGGAAGGGCUUCAUGUCCA